AUGGAGAGCCUCGAGCCAGUCAUCGACGAUGACUACGUUCCUUUGAGCGACGACGAGAUCAACAAGUUCUUCGACGAGCUCGAUCUCGACAAAGAUGGCUCAGUCACAUUCGAAGAAAUGGAGCAAAAGCUACACGAUGUCCACGAGGAGCUCGCACCCGAGCCACAGAAACACCACCUUCUCCAUCCCGAGCGUCGCGAUGCGGAGAAGGGCACGGGUCACAAAGGAGACGGACUGCACGCUUUCCUAUGCCACAUCAUGCCGGAAUGCAGCACGCGACUCAAUAGGGACGAGUUUGUCAAGCAUGUCCGAUCAUGGGGAGUUCCGAGCCAGAAGGGAGCUCAAGAUGCGCACAAGGAAGAUGUGGAACAGGAGAAGAAGCUGCCCUUCCGGAGACGACUGAGAGCGUACUGGGCUGUACAUGGUCCGAACAUUCUCUUCAUUGCCUUCGUCGUGGCCUGCAUGAUUGGCAUUGGUCUGUGGCAGAUGAUCAUCUACAUUAAGAACCCUGGUGCGAGGGCAGCCUUGGGUUGGGGUGUGAUUCUGGCCAAGGCAGCUGCUGGUGUGCUGUACCCGACAUUGGUGUUCAUGCUCUUGAGUAUGAGCCGACAUCUCUCGACGUUCCUGCGAAGAAGCUGGCUCGUCAGCAAGGUCAUCAACUGGGAUCUGAGCCAGAGAUUCCACAUCAUCAUGAGCUGUUGCGGACUUUUCUUCGCGACACUGCAUGCCAUCGGCCACUUGACUGGUUCUUUUCUGUAUGGCUCCCGACCAGCGCAACAGGAUGAUUUGGCAGCAUACUUUGGCCCGGAAAUCGUGCCGCGUUACUACAUCGACUAUGUACGCUCUCUGCCAGGAUGGAGCGGACUGACCUCUCUCGGGCUAUUCUGGGUUAUCAGCUUGAUGAGCAUGCCGUACUUCCGCAAGAAGAACUACGAGAUCUUCCAGUUGGCUCAUUUGCUCAUGUUCCCUUUGAUCGGUCUCCUCUGCGCCCACGGCACCGCUAAACUGCUCCAAGCACCAAUGCUAGGAUAUUGGCUCGCUUUCCCUGCACUGCUGGUGAUCUUUGAGCGAAGCUGGCGAUUCAUUAGAGGCUUCAUUCGACUGCCGGCGAAGAUGAGAAUCCUGGACGAUGAUACUGUGGUCAUCAAGUGCAGACAUCCGAAGGGGAAGGACUGGAAGUACUCUGCUGGUCAGUACAUCUUGCUUCAGGUACCGAAGAUCUCGCUCUUCCAAUGGCAUCCUUUCACCAUAUCGAGUUGCCGUGGACCCGAGUUGCAAGUCCACAUCAAGAUGGAAGGCGGCUGGACGAAGAAACUCCGCGACCUUCCCGAGGGCGAAGAAAUCCAUAUCGGCAUCGACGGACCAUUCGGCGCUCCAGCGCAGAGAUUCUACGACUACGACUACUCCAUCAUUGUUGGUGGUGGUAUCGGCAUCACUCCCUUUUCCGCCAUCCUCACCGAUCUUGAAGAAAGCUACACGGACCAGACCGAUCCAUGGGACCGCCGCCGCUCAAGAUCGAUGUCCCGCCUCAGCACGCCUGUCGCUGAGAAUCCGCCAAUGGUCAACACCGACUCUACUACCAAGUUCGAAAUCUCCAAACCCAAGCACAUUAGCAAUCCCGACCGCCGUGUGGACUUCCACUGGUCCGUGCGAGAGAAGAACAAUCUCCUCUGGUUUUCUGACCUCCUCAAUCGUGCGAUCGUCAAUGCCGAACCACUUGCGAAGCAGGGUAAACUCGACCUGAACAUCAACACGCACAUCACGGCCAAGAGGAAGAACCUGUCGACACACGUGUUCAGGUACAUCCUCGAUGGGUACCGCACGAAAGCCUCGCCGUACUCAGCUUUGACCGGAUUAAAGUCGCGUUCGCAUUUCGGACGCCCGGACUUUGAGAAGAUUCUGGAGCAGCACUACGAGGAUCUGGUGGCUGACGGAGUCAAGGAGAAGAAAGUGGGAGUCUUUUAUUGCGGCACUCCGAUUGUUGGAGAGAUCUUGUCCGAUGCGUGUCAUGAACUGACAGCGAGGGCGAGACACGAGGGUCUCAAGAUCCGGUAUGAUUUCUUGAUGGAAGUCUUUGGGUAG